AUGUCAAAAUCACAGGGGGGUUAUUGGGGCAUCGUCAAGCUGAUUGCAUAUGCCCUCUUGGUGAUCAUUCAGGCAACUCUCCUCGGUCUAUGGGCAUCGUCCUUCGGAAAAACAACACGUGCCACGAUCGGCACUGCUACUGUUACGCUGGUGGCCUACCUAGUACUCGGAAUUCUUUCUCAAUAUGAACACGCCCGCACCAUCAAACCGUCCACGAUAAACACCGGCUAUCUUUUUCUCUCUUCAUUGCUUUCGAUUCCGGAAUCUCGCACUCUAUACUUUGUGGAGUCGAAUCGCGUCAUUCCCAUUCUUUACACAGUCAAUCUAUGCCUCCGAGCGGUCCUGCUAGUCGUCGAGUCGAUUCCUAAAGACUCUGUUCUGAAACGUGCUUAUCAAAAUCCACCCCCAGAGACUGCUACGGGGGUGCUGGGCUUGAGCCUCUUUACGUGGAUCAAUCCCCUAUUGCUGCUUGGGAGUCGAACAGACUUGACAGUGGCACAGCUGCCUGCACUGGAAGAUGCUUUGUGUGCGACGGGUGUUGGACCCAAUGGAUUGGAGACGCUCUGGAGAAAAGGUGCCAACUGGGACCAGCCGCAUAGUCUACUCUGGGCGUCCAUGCGGUACUACGCCGGGCCGUUCCUGCUUGGGAUUCUUCCUCGCGCGUUGCAGAUUGGCUUUACAUUUGCUCAACCAUUCCUGGUAGAGACUACUACUAGCUGGGUGGACUCUGAGGAUGGACCUAACACUAUGAGACAAGGAUAUGGCUUGAUCGGCGCCUUCGCGCUCACAUAUAUCGGCCUUGCGAUCACCAGUGCGCUCGCUCAGCAUCAAGCCUACAGAAUGGUGUCUAUGAUGCGGGCCAGUAUGAUUGACAUGAUGUUCCGACACGUCACCAUCAUGCGCGACAGCGAUAUAGAAUCCAGCGCCCCGGUCACCCUAAUGAACGCGGAUAUUGAGCGGAUUUCCAGUGGAUUCCGCUAUGUACAUGACGUCUGGGCGUGUAUUGUCGAAAUCCCCAUUGCUCUUUAUCUGCUUUGGCGGCAGCUGGGCAUCGCUAGUGUCGCUCCCAUUGUCGUCGUCAUUGUUUGUAUGUUGAUGUGCGUGCUCAUAUCUUCCCUGGCUGGUCCGCGUCAAAAGGUAUGGCUGGAGGCUAUCGAGAAGCGCGUUGAUAUGACCGCUCAGGUGUUAGGAUCGAUGAAAGGGGUCCGCAUGGCCGGUUUGACCGAUAAAAUCUACAACACCGUCCAAUCUAUGCGCACUCACGAGGUGCGCAUGUCAAUUCGGUUUCGCCGAUUGCUGAUUCUCGUUGUCGCUGUGGCAUAUAGCAACUACACCGUUACUCCAUUGGCCUCCUUCCUGAUAUACUCCCUGAAUGCCCGGGGCCAUGACAAUGAAACACUGACCCCUGCCCGUGCAUUCACCUCGUUGACGCUAUUUACACUGUUGGCCACCCCCAUCUCCAACCUGGUCGAAGCCGUGACUGGAAUUGCAACGGCUGUCGGGUCUAUCAAACGCAUCAACCUGUUCUUGCAGUCUUCUCCACGGAGCUACAAAGGCCAAGUAAAUGAGUUCGAGAUUGUGAGCUCUGCAAGCCAGUCCACAAUAAUAGUGGAUGAAAAGAAGGGGGUGGAGUACCCUAGCGUCUCCAGCCGUGAAGGCUUGCCUCGCUAUGACCCUCUUCCAGGGCUGGCUGUAGUCGCUCAUAACAGAAGCACUGGCUGGGAGGAGGCCAAACCCAAUGUCAUAGAUCAGGCCUCAUUUGAGAUCCGCCGUGGAACACUCAACACAAUCGUUGGCCCGGUCGGUUGUGGCAAGUCAACGUUUGUUCGCAUGCUGCUGCACGAAACUCCAAUUGCUACCGGAACGCUUCAUGUUGAGGCUGGAGCCAUCGCCUAUUGUACCCAAGUUCCUUGGUUGACUAACCGCAGUAUGCAGGAGAAUAUUUUGGGUGAGUCCAUGUUUGAUCUAGGUUGGUACAAUACUGUGGUGGAGGCAUGUGCGCUAGAAGAGGACAUCCGGGACCAGCCAAACCAAGACCAAGGCUUGCUGGGAUCAGGAGCCGCUACUCUCAGUGGAGGCCAAAAGCAACGAGUGGCUCUGGCGCGUGCCGUUUACUCGCGUGCAGAUACAGUGAUCCUUGACGAUCCGUUCAGUGGCCUCGAUCGUACGACUGAAGAUGCCAUCUUCAAUGCCCUGCUGGCCCCCGGUGGCCUCUUGCGUCGCAUGGGCGCCACCAUCAUCAUGACCAGCAACAGCGUCUCUCGCCUCUCGUUUGCUGAUCACGUCAUUGCUCUCUCCAAAACAGGCACAAUCGUUGAACAAGGCUCGUACAAACAACUGAACGAGCGCUCAGAUAGUUAUAUUCACAGCCUGUCGGCGCCAGAAGGCAGCCGGCAGGCAGCUGUGGGCGACGAUAUGGAGAUCACGGAAGUUGCGGGCCCUAAACUACACCAGCCACUGAGCCUAGCCGCCCUGGACCUCGAGCCACCACCGCCUCAGGACGGACGGCGGACAGGUGACAUAUCUAUCUAUUGGUACUACAUGAAGAUCCUUGGGAUAUGGCGGUCGCUCAUCUUCAUCUUCCUCAUUUGCUGCUACGUGGUGGGAAUUACUUUCCCUUCAAUUUGGGUUGAGUGGUGGACGGCCGCGAAUAUGAGGCAUCCGAAUGGGAUGCUUGGUUACUGGCUAGGUGUUUAUGGCUGGAUUGCCGUCAUGGCAGUGUCCACACUUGUCCUGGCUUGCUGGCAUCUGAUGUCCAACCUGGUCGCCCGCGCAGCCAAGUCCAUGCAUGCUCAACUGUUGAAAAGCGUUCUAGACUCCCCAUUAUCCUUCUUUCACAGUACUGAUGUCGGUCAAACAACCAAUCGGUUCAGUCAGGAUCUUCAACUCAUCGAUAUGGAACUUCCUCUCGCCGUUCUAAACACUAUUCUCACCUUCUUCACCUGUGUCGCUCAGAUGGUGGUCAUAUGCGUUUCAACCAGCUAUAUCGCAGCUACGGUGCCCGCCUGUCUAUUGGCUUUCUAUUUCAUUCAACGGUUCUAUCUCCGCACCUCGCGUCAGAUCCGUUAUCUCGAUAUUGAGGCCAAAGCACCUCUGAUCUCGCACUUCCUUGAUACCCUCAACGGCUUGGUCACCAUUCGCACUUUCAAGUGGGAAGCACAGUAUCGUAAGCAGAACGCCAAGUUGAUCAAUGACAGCCAAAAGCCCUUCUACCUGCUUUUCUCCAUUCAGCGUUGGCUGGAACUGGUGAUUGCGCUAUGCGUUGCCGGAUUCGCUGUUACUUUGGUAGGCAUUGCCGUCGCCACGCGGGGCAGUCUCAGCGCUGGUUAUGUCGGUGUGGCCCUACUGAACAUCGUCGUCUUCACGGAGAAUCUGCAGGGGUUGGUCAUGCAAUGGACCGUUCUCGAGACCUCGAUCGGUGCUGUGUCACGUAUUCGCCACUUCCACCGUACGAGCACAUCCGAGCACCAGGAGGAAGAAACGAUAGACCCCCCGGCUGAAUGGCCUGAUCGAGGUGUUAUUGAAUUCAACAACGUGAUUGCUUCAUAUCAAAGCUCCUCAAGCCGAGCUCUUGAUGAUAUUUCGCUCUCAAUCAGACCCGGCACCAAAGUGGGCAUCUGCGGUCGCUCUGGGAGUGGCAAGUCAUCACUCAUCUCCUCACUGUUCCGCCUCAUUGAACUCACGAGCGGCAACAUUGUCAUUGAUGGGCUGGACAUCUCUACUAUUCGUCGCAACUCGCUCCGCGCCCAGCUAAACUGCAUUUCUCAGGAGCCGUUCUUACUGCCCACCUGCUCUGUCCGACUCAAUAUUGACCCAGGAAGUGGCCUCGAUGACGAGGUCCUGAUUAAUGCGCUCCAAAAGGUCAAACUCUGGGAUGUGAUUGAGGGGCUCGGUGGCCUGGACGCCAUUAUCACAGCACAAACCUUCUCGCCCGGUCAGAAACAACUCCUGUGUUUCGCAUCCGCCAUGGUUCGGCCGGAGGGCAAGAUUCUGAUUCUCGACGAAGCGACUAGCAGUAUCGAUUCUAAAACCGAUGAGAUUAUGCAAUCACUCAUCCGAUCAGAAUUCGCUUCGAACACCAUCAUUGCCAUCGCGCAUCGCUUGGAGACGAUCGUUGACUUUGAUGAAGUCAUUGUCAUGGAGUCCGGACGUAUCAAGGAGCAUGGCCCGCCGGGAGUGCUGUUGGAGGAGAAAGGUGCUUUCGCCGAGCUUUACUGGGACACGGGGCGGAGUUCCAAUCGGACGCCCAUGGCCUUUUGA